GGUCCAAUAGCUGCUGGCUUUUUUAGCUGUCCUGCUUUGAAGUUUGAUGCACUAAACAUAGCAAUUCUUAGGAAUUUUCCUUACCUUCUGCCAUGUUUAAUAUGUAUAAUAUUGUGUAUUUUUGCAUUAAUCGGUUCGUUUGUUUAUCUGGAGGAAACAAUGGCAGAUAUGACUGAAGUAUAUGCUGACAUACCUGCUAGUCACAGUGACUUGAGGUCACCAGUUGAAGAACCAGCAAAUGAAAAUUUGAUAAAUCAUAAUCAGGAUACGCAAGAUAUAACUAAGUACAGUAUUAAUACUCCUGAUGAUGAAGUGAAUGUAUCUAAGCGUAGAGCAUGGUUUUGUUGUGGUUGCUGUCCUUGUGCAAAGAAAAGAUACCAUAGAUUUGGGGAAAAAGAAAAUUCUUUAACAUGUUUUGGAAGAUGCAAGAUUGGAGUUCAUAAAAUUGUACAACCGAUGAAAGAUAGACGCGUUUAUCUCCUUACCAUUAUUCAGUGUCUAUUAGCGUUUGUUGCUGGGGUUCAUGCUGAGUUGAUACCUUUGUUAUUGGUUACUGAUUAUAAACAUGGCGGUUAUGACUUAGAUACAAGUGAAAUUUCCUUUAUGUACAGUCUGAUGUCUGUAAUUGAAGUAAUAUAUCAGCUUGCUGUCUACCCAUCCAUUGUAAAGAAUAUUGGCUUUAAACAUACGCUGAAGGUUGGACUUGUUAUGUUUGGAGUGACUGCAUCAUUAAUACCAACAUUGAAUAGAAUUGCUGGACCAAUUUCACGACCAAGUACGCACAACAUCACCAUUUUGUUGCCAUUGAAUACUGCAUCAGCAGAAGAGAUUACGUCUUUAGAAGACAAUGUACAGAAGAGAGUAGAAGAUUUAACACUGUCUUCUGAGACUGAAACUGAUUUGCUUCACCACUCUAACACAUUACAUUUUAUGUCAACUGAUAAUGAACAAAUUGUGAACUCAAAGAUCACAUAUGGUAACUCACUAAUGAACAACACUAAGCCUAAAUACAGUGAUUUGCAACUUUCUGCAGUGCCUUGGACAAAUGUUACAGAUAAUUUAAUUAAACAAUGCAAGUUAUUGUCAGAAAGUCGAAAAGAUGAGCAUGUGUCUUUAUGGAGGAUUCCAGUCAAAGUAUGGGCAGUAUUGGUUGUAUUUAUUACUGCAAGUACUAUAUCAAGGAUGACAGCCUUUGUAUCCAUGAAUGUACUGGUUGGAAAUGCUUGUCUAGCAAAGGAUAAAGGAACAGUAUAUGGAGUUGCCCAGUCUCUGACUGCACUUGUUAGAUCAACUGCACCAGCUGUGGGAGGAAACAUUUUUGCUUGGAGUGAACAUAACGACUUACCUUGGCCAUUCGACUAUCAUUUGACAUUUUAUUUGCUGUCUGUCAUCUUGAUCUUCACUUGCUUUGUAAGCUGUCUGUUACCAACAUCAGUCAACAAGAAGCGAACAGAAGAAGAUACAAUUGCAUAAAUCAAGCAAUCAUUCCAGCAAGACAUUUCAUUUUUUGUUGUUUUUUGUUGAUGAUUGCUUUUAGUGUCCUACGCAGUAUUUAAGUUAUCAACACGGUUAAUACUUCAGUUGAAGUAGAAGUAGAAAAAUAUUUUUAUUGCUAUAAUAAUCUGCAG